AACAAACAAAAAAACAAAAACAAAUUAUCAAAAACAAAGAAAAUGGAUGAACUAAUUGUUUCUUCUUCAUCAUCAUCAUCAUCAUUUUUCAUACCAUCCUUACUUUCUCAAAGUACCCAAACUUCAUCAAACCUUCAACAAAUGCUUCAACAUAUUCUCAAGAUUCAAACAGAUUCUUGGGCAUAUGUUAUUUUCUGGCAAACUUCAAAUGACGACGAUGAUGGUCGUCUUUUUUUAGCUUGGGGUGAUGGUCAUUUCCAUGGUACUAAAUCCAAAAAAGGAACUCAAGUUAAUGGUAACAACAAAGCUAGUCAACAAUCUGCAGAAAGGAAAAAUGUUAUAAAAGGAAUUCAAGCUUUAAUUUGUGAGAAUGGGGAAGAAGAAGAAGAAGAAGAUGUUGGUGGUGAAGUUACUGAUGCGGAAUGGUUUUAUGUUAUGUCUUUAGCUCAAUCUUUUUCUAUUGGUGAUGGUGUACCUGGUCAAGUAUUUAGUACUGGUUCUUUUAUGUGGUUAACUGGUGCUAAACAACUUGAGUUUUGUAAUUGUGAAAGGGCUAAAGAAGCUUAUGUUCAUGGAAUUGAAACUCUUGUAUGUAUUCCAACCUCAAAAGGAGUACUUGAAUUGGGUUCAAAUGAACAAAUUAAAGAGAAUUGGAGCUUGAUUCAACAAGUCAAGUCACUUUUUUCUUCAUAUCGAGAAGAAACUGGUUCUUUUGCUGAUAUUGGUCUUUUCUCUUGCUUAGAACAGAACACCACCACCAUCAACACCAAUACCAGCAUCAAAAAUCCGAAAUCAGAGGAAACUAAAACAAAAAUAGUUUUAGUUUCCCCUGAAUCUGACCAUUCGGAUUCCGAUUGUCAAGUACUAUUGGAUAAGCCAAUGGAGAAGAAAACCUCAAAGAAAAGAGGGAGAAAGCCGGGGACAACACGCGAUACCCCUUUGAACCACGUCGAAGCAGAGAGGCAAAGAAGGGAGAAAUUGAACCAUAGAUUCUACGCGUUGCGUUCUGUUGUACCUCAUGUUACGAAAAUGGACAAAGCCUCAUUGUUAUCAGAUGCUGUUGCAUAUAUCAAUGAAUUGAAAUCUAAAGUGGAUGAAUUGGAAGUUCAGCUUAGUAGAAAGCCAAAGAAAUUGAAAAUGGAGUGUACAGAUAGUAUUACUACGGUAGACAACCAAAGCACUACUACCACAACAACAACAAAUUCUGUGGAUCAAAUCAGGCCUAAAUCUUCGUCAGCAGCAUCAUUUGGUAUACAAGACAAUUUGAAAAUGGAAGUCGAAGUAAAGAUAUUGGGUCCAGAUGCGAUUGUAAGGGUACAAUCUGAAAAUGUAAAUUACCCAUCUGCAAGAUUGAUGCGAGCACUUCAAGAUCUUGAAUUACAUGUCCACCAUGCUAGUAUCUCUUGUGUUAAAGAUCUUAUGCUACAAGACAUCGUUAUUAAAGUUCCUAUACGAUUGGGUACUGAAGAUCGAUUAAAAUACGCUCUAAUUAGAAGCUUAGAGCAGCAGUAGCAAUAGCAGAAGAAUGUUUCAUCCUUAAAUUUCUUCAGUAUUUUUGCGUUUUUUUUUUGUAAUAAAUUAUUUCCUUUGUUCAACAACUAGUUUGUUAUAAUGA